ACAAAAUAUAAAUAAAAUCACGAUUUCGUGAAUCGCAGUUCGUGCUUUGUAUCUCGCGUUACUAUUUCAAAUUUCAUGAGUUAUUUUAUUAAAAUCUGCUAAUUUUGUAAUUAACCAAUAAGUUAUUAGAAUUGGAAAUAAGUACUAAGUAAAAAUGGACGUCAAACAAAAAGUUGAGACUACGAAAUCUCAAACCUUGGAUUCGGCAGUUAGCGCAGUCCUAGCCCGCAGCCAGGAGUUACCAGCCGAGACUCCGAUCGUGGCUGGGUAUGACUGGGAGAACGGUACAGACUACACUAAGAUUUUAGAGAGCUAUGCCAGAUCUGGCUUCCAAGCAACGAAUUUCGGUAGAGCAGUCGAGGAAAUCAAUAAAAUGUUAAAAUGUCGAUCCAUACCAUUGACAGAAGAAACCAGUGACUGCUUCGAAGAAGACAGUUUCAUCAAGAAGAAAACCAACUGCACAAUUUUCUUGGGUUACACAUCAAAUAUGAUUUCAUCUGGCCUCAGAGACACUUUUAAGUUUUUAGUUAAAAAUAAAUUAGUUGAUUGUGUGGUUACCACAGCAGGCGGUAUAGAAGAGGAUUUAAUUAAAUGCCUCGCACCUACCUACGUUGGUGACUUCAAUUUGAGUGGGAAAAUGUUGAGAACGCGUGGCAUUAAUAGAAUCGGAAACUUAUUGGUACCAAACAAUAAUUAUUGCUUGUUCGAGGAAUGGGUCACACCUUUAUUGAAUGAAAUGUUAGAUGAGCAGAUCAGUGAUGGGACAGUUUGGUCUCCUUCACGUAUAAUUGCUCGGUUGGGUGAGAGAAUCAACAAUGAAAGUUCUGUUUGCUACUGGGCCUGGAGGAAUAAUAUACCGAUCUUUAGCCCAGCUUUAACUGAUGGCUCAUUAGGUGAUAUGAUGUAUUUUCAUUCAUAUAAGCGUCCAGGACUGAUUAUUGAUAUAUUAUCAGACUUGCGCCGAUUAAAUAACAUGCCUAUUAAAGCUAACAAUACUGGUAUGAUUAUAUUAGGAGGUGGGGUUAUAAAACAUCAUAUAAAGAAUGCUAAUUUAAUGAGAAAUGGAGCAGAUUUUGCUGUGUAUGUUAACACGGCAAGUGAAUUUGAUGGGAGUGACUCUGGUGCGAGACCAGAUGAAGCAGUUUCAUGGGGAAAGAUACGUCCAAAUGCAACUCCAGUCAAGUUGUACGCUGAUGCAACUUUAGUGUUUCCCUUGAUAGUAGCGCAGACCUUUGCUAAGUAUCACUUUAGCAGCAAGAAAAAUGUGUAAAUUUUUGCAUUUAAAGUUACUUUUUUCAUUUUGUAUUUGUCACUAUAAAAAAGUAUUCCUGGAAGAAGUUAUACUGCUUUAGUGUAAUAUCAUCAAAUAUCAAUCAAUGCAGUUUUUAUUUCAUAAAAAUUCACUCUCUCUCAUCAGAUUUUUAUCAGAUUCCAAAAGAAGUAUAACUUCAAAAGUACAAAAUGCUAUUUUUAAGUUAACCUUAUUACCUCUUUUAAAACAGCACUUGCGGCGCUUGCUGGAACUUUUUAUUAAAAACAAUUGCAACCACAACUAUGUACAUGAAGAAAUU